UGAUGUCUAAAUUAUGACUAAAGCUAAAUUAUGUUUUAGUCAAAAGACUAUGAUUAAACUUUAAAAAAAAUUAUUUUAACAUGUUUCAUUUAUUUGGAGGUAAGGCCAUUUAAGGAUUACUGCCACCCUGUGCCACACGUUUAUGCACGCCUCUGCUCCACCCACAGUUAAAAGUAAGAGAGUUGUAUCGAAGAGAAAGAACUUGGAGCUUUUCCUCAACGGGUAAGCAAAGUCUAGCUUUUCAUGCUCUCUGUAUUAAGUUCACACUGGAAGUAUGGCACUCUAUAAGGACGAAAGCCAGGACGACGGACCAGAAUGCCCGGUAUGUUACGAGUAUCUUUCCGGGGCCGAACGAACUUUAAGCUGCGGACAUGUUUUCUGCCACGACUGUCUAGUCAAAACACUGGUGACCAUCAACAGUGAUGGAAAUAUCAGAAACACGAUCGUUUGCCCGAUCUGCCGACAUCUUACAUUCAUCGAAAAACAAAAUGAAGCGCUGAAGUCACUCGCGGCCGAUAAUGAUCCGAAAGAGCGGCAGACCCUGAAGGUACCUCUCCCUUUGCCGGUGGGACAGCAGCAGAGCGCACGGCGCGCCUCAGGAGACAGUUUACCGAGUGAAGUUUACUGUAUCACUCGCUGCUUUAGAAGCUUUUCUGAGCGAGCUCGCCGACAGAAGCGGAUCAGCCCCUGCCAAAAGGGAUCCCAGAUAUUCAUCAUAAGCGCCCAAGGGCGACCCAUGACUGAAGGAGAUGCGCCCGGUGUUGUAAUAUCUGUGGCUCGCCCCCAGCGCAGGCGUAGGAUUUGCACGACAACCGGAUGGCUGUUCUGCCUGCUGUCUUUGUUUGUUUUACUCGCAGUGACAGCUUCGGUUUUUCCCUGGAUUGUGCUGAUGUAGCCCAGCGAUCCGCAUGCCUCGGUCAAAGUGCCGGUAUUGAGUAACUUACUGACAUUUAAAGAAGAAAACGCAAUUGGUUGUAUUCAGUGUCCAGAAUUACUGAAAAUGGAGUGAAGUGCUUUAGUUGGAGUGAGGAUUUUCAAGAUGUUAUCAGUUUCUUUCCUUGAUUCUAUGGAAAGGUUUAUACACGUGACUUGUCCUUUAGCGAGAAUUGCCAAGCAAGUCUUUAUCUUAGAGAAGCCUCAAACAGUAAAACCUUUUGUUCUGCAAUCCUGUCUAA